AAAUAUUUAUGUGAAUUUAAUUAUAACCCGACAAUGAAUUAAUAAACAAAGGUUUUUUUUGGUAAAGUUAAUUUCUCCAUUUAUGUCCUUUUUCUAGUUGAAUUUCUGUCAUUUUCUAAUAUAAUUCUGUUUAGAAAGAAACUAUACAAUGUAUUACUUCUCCCACCUAAAUUUUGUAAUAAAUAGCAUUUAAUUUUUAUAAUUUUUUAGUGAAUAGCAUUUAAUUAGUUGAGUAGUUGAGUAUGAAAGGACCAAAAUACCCUGAGAAGACGAAACCACAAAACUAAAGGAGUACUCAGUACUUGAUUAAAACCGUAAGCCGAGGUCAAAGAGAGACAAAAGAACACUGUCCCACGUUGUUGUGUUGUUUUCUCUCUCUUAUUGAGUUUGAAGACGUUGAAGUUUCAAACUUUGUAGUAUUAUUAUCUAAUUCGGUCACCGGUAAACCGCUUCUCCUCGCCGGAAACCACUCCCACUUCGUCGCCUCAGCGGUCUCUCGCCGAUCGCUUUAUAAUGAGCACUGGCGAGCUUCUCAGUAUCGAACCCCAAGAGCUCCAAUUCCCUUUUGAAUUGAGGAAGCAGAUCUCUUGCUCUUUGCAACUCCUAAAUAAGACCGAUAAUUAUGUGGCUUUCAAGGUUAAGACCACAAAUCCGAAAAAGUAUUGUGUUAGACCCAAUACUGGAGUUGUUAUGCCAAGGUCUACAUGCGAUGUUAUCGUAACAAUGCAAGCACAGAAGGAAAUGCCCCUAGAUAUGCAAUGCAAGGACAAGUUCUUGCUUCAGAGCGUUGUAGCUAGCCCAGGGGCUUCUGCCAAAGAUGUUACUCCGGAGAUGUUCAAUAAGGAAUCUGGGCAUCAAGUAGAAGAGUGUAAAUUAAGAGUUGUCUAUGUGGCUCCCCCUCGGCCGCCUUCUCCAGUACGAGAAGGAUCUGAGGAAGGUUCUUCCCCACGGGCAUCAAUAUCAGACAACGGGCAUCCUAAUGCUUCUGAACUAAGUGUUACCGCUUCAAGAGGUUCUGUUGAGCGGCAUGGACGAGUUGAGACUCAUGGUGUGUCGUCAUCCGAGGCUAGGGCUAUUAUUACAAAGUUGACCGAGGAGAAAAAUUCUGUACUUCAGCAAAACAGCAAGCUUCAACAGGAACUGGAGCUUUUGAAGCAGAACACGAGCAGAAAUCGGGGUGGCCUUUCCCUUGUGUAUGUUAUCAUCAUUGGUUUGCUUGGCAUUCUUUUGGGGUACCUUUUCAAGAGGACAUGACCCUUGGAGUUGCUUAACAUUCUGUAGGGUUGGUGAUUUCCUGUAUGGGAAAAUGAUGUGUAAAAAAACCAGAAGAAAACGAAUGUGUGAUUGGUUAGGAGAGAAUUGUUUCAGUAUCUCAUUAGACAGCUUCUGAAUGUGUGACCCCUUUCUUGGCGUAUUUUAUUAGUGUUAGUAGGCAUGUUGACUUUCUAACUAUUUACUUAAAAUGGUAUUUUAAUAUUGCUUAACUAAACUAAUAGUUCAAGUGCUUAGCGCCACAUUCUUGAACAUUUUGAAAUUCAAUUAAGGUCAUUUUUGUGUGUGGA